AUGCACACAUUUUCCACAUUACCCGUCGAAAUUGUCUAUCGAAUUAUGGAUCAUCAAAAUGAGCCGACGCUAUUUUUUUCAAUGCAAAACGUUUGUCGAAGGCUCAAUCAGAUCCUGAGUACUUACGAGCGAUAUCGAACACUCAGCGCACUAGAUCUUCGCUGUUACAAAAUCCGUGAUGAAGAAGCACAACACAUUGCGUAUGCGUUGCGAACGAACACGACACUCACCACACUAAAGCUGAGCGCCAACGGAAUCAGUGAUAAAGGAGCACAAUACAUUGCGGAUGCGCUGCGAACGAACACGACACUCACCGCACUAGAUCUCGGCUUUAACAGAGUCGGUGAUGAAGGAGCGCAACAUAUUGCGGAUGCGUUGCGAACGAACACGACACUCACCACACUAAACCUGCGCGGCAAUGGAAUCAGUGCUGAAGCAGCACAACACAUUGCGGAUGCGUUGCGAACGAACACGACACUCACCGCACUAGAUCUCAGCUCUAACAGAGUCGGUGAUGAAGGAGCGCAACAUAUUGCGGAUGCGUUGCGAACGAACACGACACUCACCACACUAAACCUGCGCGGCAAUGGAAUCAGUGAUGAAGGAGCACAACACAUUGGGGAUACGUUGCGAACGAACACGACACUCACCGCACUAGAUCUCGGCUUUAACAGAGUCGAUGAUGAAGGAGCGCAACAUAUUGCGGAUACGUUGCGAACGAACACGACACUCACCGCACUAGAUCUCGGCUUUAACAGAGUCGAUGAUAAAGGAGCACAAUACAUUGCGGAUGCGCUGCGAACGAACACGACACUCACCACACUAAACCUGGGCGGCAAUAGAAUCAGUGUUGAAGCAACACAACUCAUUGAGGACGCGUUGCAUCGGAAUGCAGGAAGGCCGAUGUUUUGCGAAAAUUACGUUUCGUACCACCUAUUCCGAACAUCUGGCAGCAUGACUGGAUGUUCGGAAAAAAUUUUGGUUCCCCUAAAUGUCGUGCAGGAGUCCGGAAUUCCGCGUGGCCGAAGUUGUUUUGAAUUGUGUGACGGGAGUUCGGAAUUUCUUUUCUAUUGA